GCGUCUCCUGCUCGCGCACUCCAGAAGCAGCUCGGGGUCUCUCAACCGCCCCUUGGCCAUGGCCGCAGUGCCGACAGCGCCCGCUCCCCUGCUCUCCCGGGGCCCCAGCCGCUGCCGCCGCAGCCGCCGCAGUUUCUGAGCCCAAGGGGCCACCGCUGCCGCCGCCGCCGCUCGCCCGUCCGGAUCCCGCCUGCGGCAGCUGCCGCACAACAUGCUACCUGCAGCCGCCCCGGCGGCUCCUGGAACUCCGGUUCGCGGCAAUGCCAGCCACCCCAGCGAAGCCGCCGCAGUUCAGUGCUUGGAUAAUUUGAAAGUACAAUAGUUGGUUUCCCUGUCCACCCUCCCCGCUUCGCUUGCCAUCACAGCACGCCUAUCGGAUGUGAGAGGAGAAGUCCCGCUGCUCGGGAACUCUCUAUAUACGCCUAACACCUACAUAUACUUUUAAAAACAUUAAAUAUAAGUAACAAUCAAAAGAAAAAGGAGAAAAGGAAGGGAAGCAUUACUGGGUUACUAUGCACUUGCGACUGAUUUCUUGUUUUUUUAUCAUUUUGAACUUUAUGGAAUACAUCGGCAGCCAAAACGCCUCCCGGGGAAGGCGCCAGCGAAGAACGCAUCCGAACGUCAGUCAAGGCUGCCAAGGAGGCUGUGCAACGUGUUCAGAUUACAAUGGAUGUUUGUCAUGUAAGCCCAGACUAUUUUUUGUUCUGGAAAGAAUUGGCAUGAAGCAGAUUGGAGUGUGUCUCUCUUCGUGUCCAAGUGGAUAUUAUGGAACUCGAUAUCCAGAUAUAAAUAAGUGUACAAAAUGCAAAGCUGACUGUGAUACCUGUUUCAACAAAAACUUCUGCACAAAAUGUAAAAGCGGAUUUUACUUACACCUUGGAAAGUGCCUUGACAAUUGCCCAGAAGGGUUGGAAGCCAGCAACCAUACCAUGGAGUGUGUCAAUAUUGUGCACUGUGAGGUCAGUGAAUGGAAUCCUUGGAGUCCAUGCACGAAGAAGGGAAAAACAUGUGGCUUUAAGAGAGGGACUGAAACACGGGUCCGAGAAAUAAUACAGCAUCCUUCAGCAAAGGGUAACCUGUGUCCCCCCACAAAUGAGACAAGAAAGUGUACAGUGCAAAGGAAGAAGUGUCAGAAGGGAGAACGAGGAAAAAAAGGAAGCCAAAUACAAGCCUGUAACAAAAGGAGCUGGGGCUCCAACAUCAAGAAACUUGUUAUUUCCUUUUUAUUUUUUGAAUAGACCUAAGACACUCAUUUUUUACUACUAGCUUCUUUGGGUCCUUAAAUUCUGUUUGGUUAGGUCACCUAUUUUCCAUGACUAUUUCUGAGAUGGUCAAACAAAUACAAAGAAUAAGCUUUUUAAAAAACUACAACGGGUUUUAAUGCCUAGGAGAAAAACAUGUCACUUCAUUUUAUGUGUCAACAGAAAGUAAUUUAGGAUGAAUUUAUAAUAAUCCAGGGUGUGGACAAUGAAAAAGCUCAAGAUACACUCUAAGGAAGACAUAUUCUGCUCCAGGGUUUUUAUAACUAUUUAAAUUGAAAUAAAAGUCAAAGUUCAUCUUCAUUUAACUCAGGUGACACCUGUUGCAAAAUAUUGAGGAAAAUGUUUGGUUAUCAUUCCUUGAAGCUGAAUCUUUAUACCUUUGCUUGAUAAUCUCUACAAUUCCCUGUGGCAGCAAAUUUUUAUUUCUAGUAAACUCUACCUGUUUUUUCCUUCACCUUAUUGAGAUUCCUAAACCUUAUAUUUUAAGCCAAGAAUAAUUUUGAACUUGGUCUGUCCUUAUUGCAACGCCUUCCUCUAAGUAGGGUGAAUUUUGACCCAAGAUUAGCCUGCCUUUGGGGUUUAUGAUGUGACGUGCCACGGCUGAUGGCCCAUGAAAGGGACUGCUAAAUCUAUUGCUCACAUCAAUAUUCCCACUGGAUAUUUUGCUCAUUCCUUGGGAAUUUCAAAGAAUAACAAAUAACCAACAAAUCAUCAAAAACUAUAACAUGUUACCCAAUUCUUGGGAAUAAGCCAGUGAGACUAAAAUCUGCUUAAGUAUCACAAAUGUGAAUUCCCAGCAUUUCAGGCUUGUAAACUGUAUCCAACGCUCACCAAUGUCUAUUCCAUAUCUCAGCUGUACAGAAGGGGUACAUUCAUCUGGUAACUGUCAACAAUGAGGUUCCUUCCUUCUUGAACCCAGCUGGCCAUACAAGCAGGCAGGAGUUGCAUGUUUGACCCUGAGACAGCAGAGGAUACUUUGCCCUGCUGGAAAGACAACAGGGAUGCAAUGUAAUCUGGAAUCGAUUUGAGGUUAGCAACAGAUGCUCCACGCCAGUAAUAAGCGCUGAUCAUAAGAGCUUAAUUUUGUAUGUUAUGAGAAUUAAUCAUAAGGUAUGAGCAUAGUAUGUCACAAACUAUAGGAAUAAAUAAGAGCAGAGUGAAAUACUAAAAUAGUAAAACAAGAAUAGAAGUUUUUUAAAAAGGUAAAUUGGAGAUAUUUGUUUACUUUCUUUUUAUAGCUUGA